UUCUCAAAGAUCUGCCAUUUGCGCAAAGCUCUGUGCGCUCACUCUCUCUAUCCAACGCCAUGACCGAGCCCACUGACCAAUCUCCCUCUCCAUCUUCCUCAUUGCCUCCGAAAGAUCCAAUUUCUCUGAUUCGUCCCCGCCGCGAGCCCUUCGAGCAUGGCCUCCUCCCGAUUCCCAAGCUCGUCUUCUCCGACCCCAUCCAAACCCUAAUUCCACUCAAGCAAAAGCUCGUCGACGCUUCCCCGACCCACCGGGUUAACUCUGCCGCCAUUUCCGAAUCACUCCAGAUCUCCAUUGACCAUGCACGCCUCGUCCUUGAUACCCUUGCUUCCGUUCUCCACUCCGAUUCCGACCCGCUCGUCAAUGCUACCCCGGACGAGAUUGACUCUGUUGGGGUGGAUGUCCUCGAUCUGGUUCUCUUCUUGUAUAUUCAGUCUUAUAAGAGGUUGCUUCCACGAUCGCAUAAAGACUCCGCUGCUGUUGCCGAUGUCUGGCCUUCAACUUCUGCUUUCGAUGGGUAUUUGUCUGCUCUUUCGCCGUUGCAGCUUGUGCGCAGCAACAGCCGUCGAUUCAUGCCAUCGCAGGCUGAUGAAGAAGCUCAUCAGUUAUCAUAUUUACAAAAGCACUUGGCCAACAUUCUCUCACUUUUGGCAGAUACUGUGGAGGGGGAAGGCGAGGAGUCUUUGGUUUUAUCUGUGGAAAGAUUUGAGCACCUUGGAUUUUUGGUUCAAUUUGGUGAUAAGGGAUCUGACGGAAUUCAGCUGAGUCAACAUGCUCCAUUUUUUGCUAAUUCAGAUCCUGAUAUGCCUGCUGUUCCUGUUUCGGCAGCUCAAGUGUUGGACUGGAUUCUGCGGAACAUUGCUUCUGCUUUAGAAAAUAUUUCAGAGAGAGCUUCUCUUAAAGAAAAUGGGCCAUCUGGUGCAUCUGACCAAGAUGUUGCUAUGGCUGAUGCAUCCACAAGUUCGGUGAACAAGACUUCCAGCAUGACUAGGGGUCCUAGUUAUAUUGAGGGAAUUUCUAAGUCCUCUCUUGUGAAGCAAGCAUCUGAUCUCAAGGGUUCUUCUGUGAAGGUGCUUAACUGCCAUGAGUCCGUCAUUUACAUAUUAGCACCUUUGAGAUAUGCCACAAUAUAUGGAUGUUCUGAUACUACUAUUGUUCUUGGAGCAGUUGGAAAGGCUGUAAGAGUAGAACACUGUGAGCGUGUUCAUUUAAUUACAGUUGCAAAAAGAGUCUGCAUUGCAAACUGUCGAGAGUGUUUGUUCUUUUUGGGGGUAAAUCAACGACCACUGAUUGUUGGUGAUAAUCAUAAGCUGCAGGUGGCACCAUAUAAUACAUUUUACUCUCAAUUAGGAGACCAUAUGACUGAAGUUGGCAUUCAGGCAGCUCUGAAUAGAUGGGAUGAACCACUCGCCCUUGGAGUGGUAGACCCACAUGAUUCAUUAUCUCAUCCUGCAGGUGUCUCUGAUGUACAAACUGAGACUGCUACAUGUCUGGACCCUGAUCAGUUCACAAAUUUUUUGCUCCCAGACUGGGUUUGUGGUGAAUUUUCCGGAUCUACUGACUGCAAUCCAUUCCCAUUACCAGAUGUUUACUUGGCAUCUCUUGAGAGAAAUAAAAGGAAUUUGGGGGAAGUAAAGCAAAUACUGAGAGAAACCCCACUUGAAGAGAACCGCAAGCGAGAACUAUCAUCUGCACUUCAUGUAUACUUCAAAGACUGGCUAUAUGGUUGUUGAAACCCAGAAUUGUCUGUAAAAUAUAUGUGGUGUUGACUGUUGACGGUCUGAUUGAUCAUGAAGCGAAGUGACCCGUUUCCUUGUCAAUAUCAUUCCCAUGAGAAGACUGAGUUGCCUAUUGCUUUGGAAAAAGCCUGAAA